CAGAAACAUCCAGGUGUUGGGAGAAAAAUAUCAUUAUAACACUUUUUCAUCAUCCAGGUUCCUGAUAUGUAUUGUCUGCAAAGACUUUCCACCUUAGCCCCAUCAAUAGCACGUGGGUUAAUACGGUACAACAAAAUUUCCCUCAGAAAUACUUCUGGAAUGUCCUCAGGGUAUAACCAGGCCAACAUUGUGAUUUUGCACAAAUCCUUAGCAGAUGAUUUUGAGAAAUUCUGUAAUGCUAAUAGUGGUCCUCUCCCUCUGCUGUAUCGGAGUGCACCAGGGGAAUGGAAGUGCCCUCUUCUGAGCAAAGACUCAGAUAUAAGAACAGACUGUCUACAGUAUAGAAAAUAUGAAAAUGGUGUUUUCUCUGGAAAUCUCAACAGUUUGGAGAGUUACACUGAACAAUUGAGAGACAUGGUGACAUUUUAUUUAGGCUGUAGUUUCUCAUUUGAGAAUGAAGUGCAGAAGCAUGGAAUUCCUAUAAGAAAUGUGGAACAGCAAUGCAACGUGAGCAUGUACAGGACUGCUGUACCGUGCAUUGGAAUGGGCAGAUUCUCAUGUAAUCUGGUGGUCACUAUGAGGCCAGUUCCUCAGGAUAAACUGAAUGCAGUAGUUAAAAUAACUCAUCCCAUGAAAGAGUGCCAUGGAGCUCCAGUUCACAUUGGCAGUCCAGGCUUUCUGGGAAUAAAAGACCUUCAGAAAACAGACUAUGGAGACCCUGUGCAACUUCAUCCUGGAGAUAUCCCUGUAUUUUGGGCAUGUGGAGUAACCGGAGCUGAGGCAGUGAGUAGUUGCAAAUCCUCCUUGGCUUUUACUCACUCUCCUGGCUGUAUGUUUAUUACGGAUAUCAAAAAUGAGAAGGCAGAUUCCAGUCAAGCUUCUGAUAUCCCAAAAGUUCUUCAGAUCUCAUCCAGUCCUGCACAUUAUAGCCUUGUCUCACUACACACAGCAGAAAAAAUUGAUGAACUAGAGAAUGCAGUUGCAGUUGAUCCUGGCAACAGGGGAAUAAAGCACCUGCUUAUUAAGGAUGAGCUGCUGAAGUCCAGUCUUUCUUUGUCUCAUGCCAAAUCCAUCCUUAUAACCACAGGGUUUCCUACCCACUUGCAGCACCAGCCCCCGGAAGAGACAGAUGGCCAUCCAGGAGCCAUUGCCAUGGUGGCUAUGUUGCAAGCCCUGGGCAAACAAGUUGCCAUAGUAACCGACGAACGAGCUUUAGAUCUAAACAAAGCUAUCCUUAAUGGUGCUAUUCAUCAAGGAAUACUCAAGCAUAAUGUGCCUUUGCUACAUUACAAAGAGGACAGUGCAGACUCGGCACUGAACUUUCUGUGUGAAAAUGGAAAUCCAGAAAAACCCAGGUUUGAUCACCUGGUGGCAAUUGAACGCUCUGGGAGGGCAAGUGACGGAAACUAUUAUAAUGCCAGGAAAAUAAAUAUCAAACACUUGGUGGAUCCCAUUGAUAAUCUCUUCCUGGCAGCUCAGAGUAUUGAAGGAAUUACUACAACAGGAAUUGGCGAUGGUGGAAAUGAGCUUGGAAUGGGAAAAGUCAAAGAGGCUGUUAAAAAGCACAUAACAAAUGGUGAUACCAUUGCAUGUGACAUAGCAGCAGACUUUGCUAUUAUAGCUGGAGUGUCUAACUGGGGGGGCUAUGCAGUAGCAUGCGCCUUGUACCUAUUAAACAACUGUGAAAUUCAUGAGCGAUACCUGCGAAAAGCAGUUGGAUUUCCCAGGAAUACAGAGGGAAACUAUUUGGCAUCUUCACUGCCUGCUGUUAAAAAGGAAGAAAAUCUUCUAAGUUUACUGGUUGCACAGGGAGUCCGUAGUGGGAAGACUGGCAAUCUUGCUAUGGAAGUUGAUGGUCUCCCCUUUUAUAACACUCAUUCAGACAUGAUUCAGAGACUCUUGGCUCUUACCAUGUGAUCUAAAUUCAGGCAUCGCAGGUUUCAAAACAAAGGUUUUGCAGCAUUUGACACAACACAAACUCCAUAAUUUAAUGUUGGUAACUCUAAAAUAUUUUACACACAUGACAGCAUUGGCAAGCCUUAUAUUUUAUUUCCAUAAUUGUUGAGAUCCCUGAUAAGGUUGAAAGCUUUGUAAUUAAGCCACUAUUAAAGAAUGUGUUUAUAUACUGUAUAUUAUAUGUGUGUGUUUGUAUAUGUAGGAACCACACUCCAAAAGAAGUGCAGUAGCAAAUGUAUGCAUGUAAUACAAAAUGGCACUGCAGUUUAGAGUAACAUUAGAAAGGAACUCCUUGGGCAGGAAAUUAAAGAUAAGUAAAAAUAUGUAUAAAAAUUCCAGUCCUUCUUUUAAGGGUACAUUUAUUAAAAUGUGAAAAUAGAGCUUGCAACAGUGAAAUUCCACUAUUCCACAAUUCUCUUUUCACUUGUGUGGGAUUCCUGAGGACAUAUUUAUCAAAGUGUAAAAAAAAGAGUCAUUCCUAAAAAUUCCAUAGUGAGUGUAUAGAAAAGGUGGAAUUUCACUGUGGCGGAAAGUGAUAGGCUCUAUUUUAACUUUGAUAAAUUGCCAGUGGAAAUGCAUACAUGUUGCUUUGUUUUUCCAAAGUCCGCUUGCAGGCAACUUUGCACGACUUCAGAAAAACUAAGCGACGCACAUACCUUUCUACAGGUGAUUUACUUCAUUGCUGGUGGAAAGGCAUUUCAGAGAGAGUCGCCUGUAUCGAGGGCAACUAAUCUUUUCGUGGGGCAUAUACUAAAGCUAUCAAACCUGUUUUGAACACCACCAAAGAAUCCGUUAUCAGCCAUAUGUAUGAAAUUCUAUGUAUUUACUAUCCUUACAGUACCCACUGUUUUGGUAUUAAAGUGAAUGAUUAUGACUAUAGUCAUAAACCGGUAUCUGCUUAUUUAACUACCUUACUAAAUAAAUCCAUUCAGAACUGUA